GUAUACAUUCAACAAAUUUUUUAUUAAAUCUUUUACUAGUCAAUGUAUUCAUUUCAAUAUGGAUACCAUAUUUAUUUUCAUCAUUUUUCUAUGAAACAAUAUGGCCUAUUAUCGAUAUUGAAUGGCAUUGUAUGAUACAACAAACAGUACCAUUAAUGAUCUCAACAUUUUUAUUUGUUAUGUUUAGUUUUCAAAAUAUCUAUGAAACAUUCAUUUCGAAACGUGCAAAUCUAAUAUGUUUAUUUAUAUUUUUCAUUUGGAUAUUACCACAAACUAUUUAUCUAAUACUUACACAAUUAACAACUAUACAUCAAUUUGAAUAUUAUUUUCUUGAUCAACGUAAUCAUAAUUCUACAAUCGAUGAACAUGGUAUAUUGUUAUGUAUUGAUAAAUUAGAUUCAUGGAAUAUUAGACAAAUGUCUUGGCAUUAUGUAACCAUAAUUGUUCCGUUAACAUCAUUAAACAUAAUUUGCAGUGGUGCCAAACGUUUUUCCAAAACAUUUACCAAUCAUCUAAUCAAUGUUAAUUGUAAUUGUCGUUUCGAUGUUAUUGUAUUCUUAUGUCAAUAUAGUAAUUUUAUAUGGCUUCUACUAUUUCGACCAUUAUUAACAUUAUCGGCUUUAGUUUCGUAUGGAAAAACCUUUUCAAAUGAAAUGAAUGAUUUUACAUUUGAUGAACCUGAAAUUCGUUCAUUAUCAAUGGAUCUUGGUCAACAAUUAAUUCUACUUUUUAUAACUAUAAUUCUGCCAUUUUCGCAACAUUUUGGCUUAUUUUCUUCAACAACUAAUAACCAUAAUUUACGUUCAUUAUCAUUGUAA